UGCGUAUGGUUGAAGCGACAGCGCCACAAUCAGCCCAAUGUGAAGCAUCUGGCCAGCUGGCGGCCACUUCCUGGGAGGACGUGUUGACAAUGACGGGGAAGGCGCUGGGGCCAAUUGUGCGCCGCCCUAUGGGACUCCCAAUCACGGCCGGUUGUGAUACAGCCUUGAAUGCUUCUGUUUUAUAUUCAGACCUCCCUCCCCCAUGUUAUGUGUAUCAACAAAGAGAGAACAGUCUAUCCACAGUGUCUCAUGACCUGAGUUGUAGCAUGAUCCUUGUUGAUCUUGCGUUUGUGUGUUGUCCUUUUUUUAAACUCUCUGUAGACACCAGUAGCCGGUGACAUCAGUGUGUUCGUUUGCAGUUGCAAGGAGCUCAAGGCACCAAUGUCAAGGCCAUUGUAGGAGGGAUGAUGGACGCAGAGGCUCUGAUCGCCCUGAAAGAUAUGCUGAACCGCUUGCGUAGUGACAGUCUAUGUACUGAGGAGAUCUUCCCCAUGGCAGGGGCUGGCCAAUGCAGAGUUGCCAGUGCUUCAGCAGCGGUUGCAAUGCCUGCUUGCCUCCCAGGAUAUUUCUGUUGGUAGAACGCCUGUGACAAGUUUACUUCUGGUGACGUUUCAAAAAGACAUUCUACUCGAAAAUGCAUGAAAAUUCAAUGGAUGUUGACACCAUGGGAAACUGCACUGUAGGGAGAUGAGGAGGAGCAAGCGGUGGCUGUGGGCUCCUGGCUCUCAUUCACGCCACUGCUUGCUCUGUUUGCUACAAAUAUAUGUUGUAACUUGUCACUCUGAUCUUAAAUGGAUAGUGCGAGAUUUUGUCAAUUAAGCCCAUUUCUACUUACCUAGAGUCAUAUGGAUACCAUUUUUAUGUCUCUGUCUGCAGUUUGAAGGAUGUUGACGGUAGUUUGUUUCGCAAGCCAUUGCUAACUAGCGUUAGCGCAAUGACUGGAAGUCUACAGGAACAACUAGCAUGCUAGCGCAAUUGCUAAAUGAAUAUAGGGUAAACACUGGCUGAGCCUGAGGGGAACAGUGGAACAUUACUACCUUCUGAAUUCCUGCAUCGCUGGCAUUGAAGAGGGCGAUUUGCUGCUCCUAGUUGGCACCAACCCACACUAUGAGGCACCACUUUUCAACGCACGCAUCAGAAAGAUGUAUAGCUGGGAGGUCGGGGUGGGAUUUAAGUGCUGUCAAAUCACUGGCAUCUCAAUUUGCAUGUAAAUAACUGCUUCCAGCUCCUGAUUUACACUCUCUCUUUAAGUGGAAACUCUAAAUCUGAAACGUGACUGGUGGUAUUUUAUGGAUACUUCAUGUACCCCUGGUAGUCGGCUUCACAACGAGCUGUAGGAGGCCUUGGUGGGGUGGGAGGUGGACCUGACCUACACUUAGGAUCAUCUGAGGGAGUCUGCUAUGGUCCUGCAGGAAAUAGUUUCUCUAAGGUUCUUUCCGAGGCAAAGCAUCCUGUAGUGGUGCUGGGCAGUGGUUCCCUGCAGAGGGGAAUGGAGCCGCUAUAAAUGCAGCCAUGUCCACCAUUGCUCAGAAUGCCAGCAGUGGAGUAGGAGAAUGCUGGAAGGUUCUCAAUGUACUUCACAGCUAAUAUCUACUACUGUACCUGAUCUCACAUUUUAGAUUGAUGGUGAAUUAAAAAAAAAAAAUGCUAUUGACAGAUCAGUUUUCAUAGCCAACUACCUCUUUGUUUAUCUGUCACUUACCCCCAUUUCCUGUUCCUCUUUGGGGGAGAUGCUGGCUGCAAUGCUCUUCCACAACAAGAUACACAAAAACAUUUUCAGAUGUGCAGGACUUAGAAUAAUAUCCAUGAUCUUUAAGUGAGUCUUGUGUCAGACUGAACGUAGUUUUAGUUUCAUAACUCUACACAGGGCACCAUGGAGGCUCUGGGGCGGCGAUGGCUGACACCAUUCUCCCUGGAGCAGCAUACACAGAGAAAUGUAGCACCUAUGUGAACACUGAGGGCCGCGACCAGCAGACCAGGCUGGCUGUGACUGCUCCAGGCAUGGCCAGGCAGGAUUGGAAGAUCAUUCUGCCAUAUCUGAGGAUGUGAAUCAGACUGUCCUCACAGAGCCUCUGGUCCCUCCACAGCUCACUGUUCGAAACUUUUACAUGACAGCUGAUGUUCUCAAGGACCAGAGUCACGUGAUGUAUGAGGGCAAACACAUCCACUUCUCGGAGGUGGACAAUAAGCCAUUGUGCUCAUACAGCCCAAAGCUCUGCAAGCAGCGCAGACUCAAUGGCUAUGCCUUCUGUAUCCGUCAUGUCCUGGAGGAUAAGACCGCUCCCUUCAAGCAAUGUGAAUAUGUGGCCAAGUACAACAGCCAACGAUGCACCAACCCCAUCCCCAAGUCUGAGGACCGCAGAUACUGUAACAGCCACCUCCAAGUCCUUGGGUUUAUCCCCAAGAAGGAGCGGAAGAAGAAACACGAUGCAUUGGAGGAGAUGCGCUCAAGACCUCACCUGGAGUCAGUGGCUCUUAACAUAACUGUGCCCUCGCUAGCUCUGAAGGCCUCCAAUGGCCUGGAUGAGCUGCCACCCUCUCCACCCUGCACCCGUCUGCUACCCCUCCGAGAUGGGGAGCUCCUGGACCCUUUUGCCUUCUACGAGGAGGACACUGAUGGGGAAGAGGGCCCUCCUCGGAAGGGCUCCACCGUCAGGAAGAAACUACACAGUCGACUGGUGCUCAGCCAGAAACUCCAGCUCCCCCAUCACGACAAUGCCCUCCUCCAACCACCUCCAGAGCACUUUAGCCCCUCUCCUCUUACCUGUGUGCACCGCUCUUCGCCCCUCCGUCCUCAUCUUCCCCAUCAGCAGCAGACAGGACUCCUCCAGCCCACCCAGCACUCCACUAUGCCUUCGUUUGUCCUCCCAGGACAGCAGCAGACAGGACUCCUCCAGCCCUGCACCAUGCCCUCGUUUGUCCUCCCAGGACAGCAGCAGACAGGACUCCCCCAGCCCUCUACCAUGCCCUCGUUUGUCCUCCCAGGACAGCAGCAGACAGGACUCCCCCAGCCCUCUACCAUGCCCUCGUUUGUCCUCCCUGGACAGCAGCAGACAGGACUCCCCCAGCCCUCUACCAUGCCCUCGUUUGUUCUCCCUGGACAGCUGCAGACAGGACUCCUCCAGCCCUCCACCAUGCCCUCGUUUGUCCUCCCAGGACAGCUACAGGGUUUAUCAUGUAAGCUAGCUCCACCUCAGAUUCCCGCCUUUCUGCCUGUCGGACUGCCCCCCAACACAGCUCCCAGUCCGUUGCAGUCCUCCUGUCCCCCCCUCGGCAGGAAAGCUCUGUUCACUGCCACGCACUUGCCAUCCAGUAGCUGGGACAGCACUCAGCGUCAUGUGGUGGCCAUGCGCCCGGCUGCCUUCUCACCUCCCCUUGCCUGCAUGGCAAGGUUACAGCAUCUGGUGCAGCUCUGCACCCAAAGACAUCAGGAGCACGGAGACCUCUUCCAUCAUCUAGGGUUGGACUGGUCUGAAGACAGUUCAGAGGAUGAUGAAGUAGAGGCAGAGAGAGUUCCACCCUAUCACAAUGCUUGGAGACUACAGGAAGGACACCUGCAGGAUGUCUCAGAUGAAGAUGCUGGCAGCUCGCGGAGAACGCGGCUGGCUCGGCUGUGCUCAUACCUCCAGGAGAAAUACAAGCACCUGUGCAGGCAGGAGAGGGCUACCAUGCGCCAGAAGAAAUACCACUAUGCCUUCCGCAAAGCCCUGCUGCACGCUGCCAGUAAAGACCCCGACUGUGCUGGCCAGUUGAUUCAGAAGUUGCGCAAGGUCUCCCAGACCUCAAGUGCGCCAGGGCAGCAGGAGACGGGAAUCUGCACUGGAAGCACCAAGGGCCAGGCAUGUAGCAGCCGAGCUCUACCCUUCACCCAACACUGCUUCCAGCACAUUCUGUUGAAUCGCUCCCAGCAGCUCUUCUCCAGUUGUACAGCCAAAUUUGCCGAUGGACAACAGUGCUCCAUUCCUGUGUUUGACAUCACGCAUCAGACACCGCUCUGUGAAGAGCAUGCCAAAAAGAUGGACAAUUUCCUGCGUGGAGARGGUAACCGAAGAGUGCAGCACCACCAGCAGCAGCAGCAGCGAAAGCCGCGUAAGAAGACCAAACCGCCUGCACUCACCAAGAAACACAAGAAGAAGAGGAGGAGAGGGCCGUGGCGGCCCCAGAAGCCUAUCCCGCCGGCGCUGCCCCAGGGGAACCUGGGAAUGCCUUCCUCCUCCAGCCUGACCAUGCCCACCCAGGCCAACAUCAGGAGUCCCUCGACGCCUGAACUGAGCACCGAUGAACUUCCCGAUGACAUCACCAAUGACAUGUCAGACAUUCCAAACGACCUCGAGCUGAACCAGGAGGAUUUCUCGGACGUGUUACCCAGGCUCCCCGAUGACCUUCAGGACUUUGACUUGUUUGAAGGUAAGAAUGGGGAGCUGCUUCCCACCACAGAGGAGGCUGAGGAGCUGGUACGAGCACUGCAGGCUGGGCUGAUGGGCUCCUACCCAGACUCCCUGGUGUGCCUGACCUCCAUGGCGGAGCUGGCGCAGGCAGAUGGAGUGGACCACCGGGCCAUGGCAGCAGUGUUCACUGGGCCAGGGGUCCAGCCGGGGGGGAUGGGGGACCUUCUCAACGGCCGCAUCCCCGUAGGGAACUUCUCUGAGCUGGAGGACAACCUGCUGCACUCRGCUGGUGGCCACUUCUCCCCCUCGGUGUCACCUCAGCAGCCCACUGCCCGGGGCCAGACUCCUCCCUCGGGACCCAGCCUCACCACCUCCACCCGCACAGUCCCCCGGACACACCCGCCCCACAUCUUGGCCAAGCCGGAGGCGCCCACAUCGUCUCCGCAGGGCAGCCAUUACUGCAGCGAGCAUGUAUCAUCCUCCUACAACGACCACAUGUCCUCUCCCCACGCCAACUCCUUUCAGACGGACUCUCCUCUCCUGAUGGAGGUACCAAUUACCCCACGCUCRUCCUGGAACAACCCCCCCCUGCCCCUCACUGACCCCACYCAGUUCGGCAACCUCAUCAGACCAGAGGGCCACCUCGUAUCCACCUCUCUGUCCACUCCCCCCUCCUCCCACUCUGUGACCCUACAGCCCAUGGCUGCCCUCUCAGCGUUGCCCCAGAGCGGCUUGACGGGCUUGACUGCGCUCCCCGCCCCCUCGCCGCCACCACACGACCUCUUGAUUUCCACCCUUCCCAAGCAGCAGCUCCCUCAGUUCAGUGCUGCCUUCGGCCACCAGCUGGCCUCCCACAGUGGCAUCCCGAAGGACGUGCAGCCCAGUCACAGCUCCACGGCGCCCCCCACUGGCUUCUCCAUAGCUAGUGCCACCGCUGCAAGUGCCAACAGUGCAACGCCCCCCUUUCCACACAGUAACUAGAGCAAGCCGUGCACAGUACAAUGGCUGUUGGUCAAACCGUGGACUCUAGAAACGUAUUCACCCAGUGUCCAUUCAUUUCCCUUCUGCUUCAAGUGUGCAAUGUGGUAACGGACCUAACGCUUCACUAUUCUAUUGGAAUUUGCACAACCUCAGAUAUUCCUUAACUGUGUAAUGAUUUGGUGGUAAUAUAGCCAGUUGGCCACCUGAAAGGGUCCAGUGGUUUGACGUAAACGCAGCUCCAGAGUUUCGCCAGCAGGGGGCAGAUGUGUGUGUGGAGGGAGGUGGUUCAGUAGAAACAUCAAAUGUUAUUUGUCACAUGCCUGGUAAACAACAAC